UCGAGAGUAAAAUAGUUCUAGUUAUAACGUCCACUUUCAGAAUGAUUAACAUUGCUACCAUUAUAAUUUCAAUCGUUGUCUUUAAAAAUGCCGAGGCGAUAAAAACUAUCAAAUUAGCAUCAGGUUAUGAAAUGCCAAUCGUUGGCUUGGGAACUUGGCAGAUGCCUCCAGAAGCCAUCGACUUGGCAGUGACAACAGCUUUGGAAACAGGUUAUAGGCAUAUAGAUACAGCGUUCACUUAUGGUAAUGAAGAAGCAAUUGGAAAAACUUUAAAAAAAUGGUUUAAAAAAGGAAACAAACGCGAGGAUCUUUUUAUCACGACAAAGCUGCCACCAUACGGGAUGCGAAGCUCAGCUGUCGAAAGUUACCUUAAACUCUCAUUGGAAAAAUUGGGUCUCGAGUACGUGGAUAUGUACUUAAUUCAUAAGCCGUUUGGCUUUGUUAAAGAUAAAUACAAAUAUGAGCCGGCUAAAAAUUCAGAUGGCAGCGUUGUGUUGGAUCUUAAAACUGACCACGUAGCCAUAUGGAAGGCGAUGGAAAAACAAGUAAAAGCUGGUCGAACACGAUCUAUUGGCUUGAGUAAUUUCAACCAGUCACAAAUUGCAAAAAUUUACUAUAAUGCAGAAAUUAAGCCCAGUAACUUGCAGAUCGAACUCCAAGCUUACAAUCAGCAACGUCCUCUUCGAGAAUUUACUGCUCUACGUAAUAUUGCUAUCACGGCCUUCAGUACUCUAGGCUCACCGGGUUCUUCAAUUGACAAAAAAAUAAAUGCUUCUCUCACUCUACCGCAGCUUUUUCAUAAUGAAAUUGUAAAAAAGAUCGCGACCUUCCACAAUCGUACGACUGCUCAAGUACUUUUACGACAUGCCAUCCAAAAUGGUAUUAUUGUCCUACCGAAAAGCACAAAACCAAACAGAAUAAGGGAGAAUUUCGAUUUAUUUAAAUUUUCAUUGACUGAAGAAGAAAUGAAAAUGAUGAAUGGCUUAGACAGAGGCGAUGCAGGAAGAAUUUUCCAUUAUUUUAUAGAUAAGGGGGUGGAAAAACAUCCAGAAUAUCCAUUCACAUACUUAUUGGAAAAUAAAUCUUAAGAAACGCAAAAUAAAUAGAGAGUAAUUGAAAUUAUU